GAAAUAUUACACAAUCCAAUUCCAAUCCACUGGCACAACAAAAUUCUGAAAUCUAUUUAAUGGAUAUAAGAAAUUAUACAUGGGUAAAUACGUUUGCUGAACCGAUUAAACCGAAGAACAAAAAUACAGCAACCCCUGUAAAAAUUGCAAUAGCAACAAUUUGUGCAAUUAUAGGUGCUG